AUGUCGAUUGUCCAGUAUGCCGUGGACCACUACUGUCUGAGCAACGCUGCCGCAACAUGUCUCGACAGUGGCGCCUACGAUGACUCUCAUCACGAUCAUGCUGAAGAUCCGGAAGACGUAUUUACAGAUAUAAAGAAGACGCGCGCCCGAAUCUCCUCCUUCUUGCAGUCUUCCGCUAGUCGAGACGCACUGAUAAAUGACUACUUUUUGGAUCUGAUCAGCCGCGUAGUUCAUGGCUCAAACUUGAUCGAAAAAGCUGGCUCGAUUUUGGAAGUUACACAUGCCCUUCGCAAGAUUGCACUUGAAACCCCAGAAAAUACCACAGAGGACAUAUCUCCACAAGACUCCCUCUACAAUCUUCUCAAAGACGACCUGUUCAAGCAAAACCGUUCCACCAACGAAGCCGAAAUUCAGAAAAGCUAUCACGAAGUCAUACAACAUUAUCGUGCACUCAACUUCCUCAUCUCCAAAGUCGUCACUCAAGACAACCCGCUAUCCGAAACCCUCAUACUCGAGGCCCAUAAGAUCCUGACAUACAAAGUCGAUUCCUCUAAUGAAAGCUACAAAAACUACGGCGGCGUCUUUCGCACCACUCGCGUAUUCGCUGGCUUCUCAGAUUUCACAUUACCCCAAUACGUCGCAUCGGAAAUGAAAGCAUUUAUCUCAGACCUCUCUGCCGACAUCAUCACUGCGGAAAAGCUCGGGCAAAUUGACCCUUUUGUACUGGCGGCAAAGUACUGUCACAAGUUUGUUAAUAUUCAUCCGUUCGCAGAUGGUAAUGGCCGCAUGUGUCGUUUGAUUAUGAAUGUGUUGUUAUUCAAGUACACUGGUGUACUCUGCGUGUUGGGAAAUGAUGAUCAAGGAGUUCAAGAUUAUCUUACGGUGGCGGUUAGAGGAGGCGAAGCAGAUCAGGUUUGGAAGGAGCUUGAUGAAGAGGAAGCUGCGUAUACGCCGCCUCCAUGGGGUGAACUUGCAUUCAUGGUUUUGCGUCAGACGAAGAAGGAGAUGGAGAACUUCAUGUCUGUAUUAAACAACGCUUCAACUGUAUGA